AAUAGCUAUACGGCUAGUAGUGUCCGAGAUGUGACUUGGUGAGCAGUUGCGUGUGAAGCAACGCAACACUUUGUCCUCUCGCUACCUUUUAAAAAACCACGCUGCCGGGCUUUUGCUAGUUUGGAAUAAGGUGAAGAGGAUGCGGAGACUGUGAAAGCAGAGACGGUGCAGGGUCAUAGGUCACGGUGCUGCAGUGCCUUUCCACCCUCUUUUGCCAGCUGACUGGGAGUAGCCAUAGCAGUGGGAACUGUUUUUUUUUUUUUCGAACUAACGUGCAGCUGAUGACACCUCUCUACCUCAUCACACUCCAGAUUGCUGUUGAAACAACCAUUUAUUCUGCGUCCAUGAGAAAAAUGUACACAAAAUACUGGACAUGCCGUAGCUCACAGUGAGGGUCAUUGGGGUCAGCUUGGAUCCAAAGGAGUUCCAGAAGUUCCAGAUACCCUCUGCCAUGGCCUUCUCAAGUGAUCACAACUUCACUGGAAAUUUGGAAGGGCAGGGCGAGAAUGGCUUAACCUCUGCACCAUCACUUGUGGAUGAGCAAAAUCUCAGUGCUGACUUUGAGCCUGCCCCAGUUGAGCCUUUAUGUCCAGGGGAGCCCCAAAACAUGAUGCCAGCUACAACCCAACAAGCCAUGCCUGGUAACAGUCAGCAGAUAGGCCACUACAUGGGCAUGGAGUCACAGAAUGCUAUGGGGCAGGCAUUUUCUGGUCCUGGGGGCAUGGGUGGUGGAGGUGGUGGCAUAGUUGUAGACCAGCAUGGCCAGUACCAAAAUGCUAGUAUGAGCCAAGCAGCUAAUACGCUGUUCUUCAACCAAGACCAGAAUGGAAAUAUGUUCUACCCCUAUCAAUCAUAUCUAUACAGCCACAACCAGCAACUUUGUGUUUUACAACAACAAACACAGCAGCAACAGCACUGCCCAAAUCAGCCGUUAAACCAGCACCAGCAUCACCAACUUUUCCCACAGGCUUUGCCGCAUCGGCAGCAUCCUAAUCUCUCCUUUGACCGGAGAGGUCAAUCUCAGAGCCAAAAGCAAAGUCGCCUUUAUCGACAGCAGGUUCAGAGCCAACUAACUGCACGAGGAUCAAAGUUGCGUUCAAGUGCUAAGCAAAAAAAGACUUAUGUGGAUAGUCAAAAUGCUUCUUUGAAUGGGACUUGCUUGCAACCACAGCAGCAGGGCAGCUACCAGCUGACCAGGCCAGAUCUAGCCUUCUCUGGAUCAAGAUUGAGAGUCCCUCAAUCAUGCUUUACUGUACAUUCAUCAUCUGUGCCUCACUCUCUGCCGCUCAGUGCCACUGUAGGUUCUACCAAAGCUUGCCAACCUGCACAGGACCCUUCCUACCCUGGAGGCCCAAAAAUACCCAGUCACAGUCAACAGCCUUUGUUCACAACCUCAGUGUCUCUUCCCGCCACCAGCACUGCAUCCCUCACUUCUACAGCACCCACCCACUCAGGGACUGGAGGCCAGUUUCCAUCCACAGUCAGUUCUACCAAAGCUUGCCAACCUGCACAGGACCCUUCCUACCCUGGAGGCCCAAAAAUACCCAGUCACAGUCAACAGCCUUUGUUCACAACCUCAGUGUCUCUUCCCGCCACCAGCACUGCAUCCCUCACUUCUACAGCACCCACCCACUCAGGGAUGGUAGGCCAGUUUCCAUCCACAGUCAGUCCUACCAAAGCUUGCCAACCUGCUCAGGACGCUCCCUACCCUGAAGACCCAGAAAUACCCUGUCACAGUCAGCAGUCUUUGUCUACAACCUCAGAGUCUGUUCCCACCACCAGCACUGCAACCUUCACUUCUACAGUUCCCAGCCUCCCAGGGACGGAAGGCCAGUUAGAGGAAAAUCUUCUCCAGACCCUAUGUUGCUCUGGAGUAUCCCAAGCCAACUCCAGCAUGGCCAGCCCGCUGAGACCUCAAAGCUACGGGGCCAGUCUUUCCUUGGGAGACAAUCUCCUGCCACCAGACGAGGAAGACCUGGAGUUCCUGGGACAUCCUGAUCUUCUGGCUGACCUACUGCCACAGCUGAAGGCUCCUCCCAGCCAACAGGAUGCAUCUGAGUACUCCUGUGUCCAGUCCAGCCAGGAGAGUGGGCAUGAGCACAGGACAUCGCCUGUUGGGUACAAGGUAGAAAAGUCGGAGUGUUCAACUUCCGAUGGGAAGUCGGACUGUCCAACUUCCCAGUCGGAAGUUGCUACUGGAACGACCCCUGAAGUUGGAUUUACAACUCUGAAAGUCAGAGGAACAUCACCAAACUCCGCCUCACAACCCAAGAUGCCUGCUCCAUAUCCCAGUCUUGGUCUUGAGGAGAACAUUUACACGUUUUUGGAAUCCCUGAAGUACACCCCAUGUACUUCUGACUGCGCAAAGAUCCCAGAAAACCUGGUUAAACCCGGAGACACCAUCACAGACAGCUGCAAGGAGAAUGCCAAUCCUGCACCCCGCCCGUCACCAUCAGGUGUGCCAACCAAUCACACGUUCAGCAGAGAGCAAACGCUGUUCAUAAUUAGCCAAGUGCAACAGCACAUUACAUUUGAAGGACUUGGUCUCCCUAAGAACCUGGCAGAAUUGAAUGAACGGCUGAAAUCUCCCAAAGGCAGUAAAAAGGAAUUCUGGAUGGACUUAACAGAAAAGUUGAAAAGUAAGUUCAGACAAGAGUUCAGCUAUGAGAAGGUGAACAGGAAAUGGAACACUCUGGUUGAAGGAUACAAAAAAGUGAAAGGCAAUAAUAAAUUAACAGAAAAAGGAACACGCUUCCAAUUUUAUGCAGAAAUGGAUGCACUUAUGGAUCAAAAUGAUGAACAAAAUGAAGUGGACCCUAUUAUCAGGACAUCAGAGGAGCUGCAGGUGUGCGGGCCUGAGGCCCUGGGACGUUGCAGCAGUGUCACAGCAUUCGCUGAAACUACACUUAGCCAAGCUACACCAAGACAACUUGCUGCUAAACGUAAGCCAGAACCCUCUGCCACACCUGCGCCAGAACCCUCUGCCACACCUAUGCCUCCUUGCAAACGUAAAAAGUGGGAGGAUGAGGAAAAGCUGUCCUUGCGAGAGUUUAAUGAAGAAUGUCAACGGCGCCAUGAGGAAGUUAUGCACGUGCUAAACCGUCAACUGGACGUUCAAAAGACGCAGAUACAGCUUUUGUACAUGAUAUAUUCACAGCAGCGUUAAAAGCUCUAAGUGUCCAAGCUCUUGCACAAUUUUUUACCUUUUUGUUUUUUAGUUUAUUUAAGAAGGGACAGUGCAAAUGAACAAAUACACAUGGUAUAAAAAUGCCAGAAUUAGCCAAAAGGCUAUUUUUCAUUUGUAGUCCCUUGGCCAAGAUGUUACACGAGGCUACCUUAAAUACAACAAAGCACAAAAAAGCAAACCACAAAACAAAAAGUGAGAAAAAGGAAAAAAAAGAAGAAGAAAGAAAACGACAAACAAUAUAAAAGACCGUCCUGUUAAUUAUUUACUUUCUGUUUGUCUUUUUUUUUUACUUUUUUUAAAAACAUUUUUUUAUACAGUUUGCACAAAAAUAGCACUUUUUGCACAUUGUGUCUAAUUGUCUAUUAAUUGUAAAUUGUAAAAAAAAAAAUCUCCAACAGGCUCUGGCUGUGACACCUCAGAACACGGCAGGGAGGUCAAGUUGAGUGGCCUUUGAUGAGGCCUAGCUGACAGCCUGUCAGUCAAAGUGGCUACACCCUUAAUUAUGCAGAACUUAAAGCCUUAAUAACAUUUAAAGGGGAUCGUUAUAAAAAAAAAUUCACCCCCUGCAUAGUUCAAUCAAUCAAUCAAACUUUAUUUAUAUAGCACUUUUUGUACAAACAGAAUGUAGCACAAAGUGCUUUACACACACACACAGUCACACAAAAAGAUUAAUUCAGAGACUCUAAUGGUAAGGACCAAACAGUAGAAGACUACUAUAAAAACGGUAACUGAGGAAACGCUAUCAUAAGUAAGGAAACACCAGAGGCAGGAUAAAGCAGAGCGGAUUGCUGACAGCUAUCACAGAGCUGUCAAUCAGACUGGAGCGCAGUCUGUGUUUCUCCUGGGGCAUUUUAAUCGCUGUGACCCGACCUGGAACAAUAUGAAACCACUACGGCCAGAAUGAACAAUAUACUGGACCUGUGCUAUGGGAAUAUCCCAAACGCAUAUGUAUCAAAGCCACGCCCCCCUCUCGGCUGGUCAGACCACAACGUCAUCCUGCUACUACCAAAAUACAGAUCAAAACUUAAAACGGGUGAGACAACAACAAAAACCAUUAAAGUCUGGAAUAAUGAAGCAACCGAAACACUCAGGUUGCUUUGAACUCACUGACUAGGUCUUGUUUUUCAAUGACUGUGGUAGGGAUUUGUAUUCACUGACAGAAGUACUGACCUCCUACAUUUUAUUCUGUGAGGACACUGUCACUCCCACCAAAAAAAUAACCAUCUAUCCUAAUAAUAAAAUAUGGUUUACCAAAGACAUGAAGCUCUGCCUAGCCCAGAAGAAAAGAGCAUUUCUUCAGGGGGACAAGCAGAAGGUGAGGGAACUGGAGAGGGAGUUCAGGAGACAAACAGACCCUGCCUCUUUGCAGAAGAGCUGAACACCUUCUUCAGUAGGUUUAAUCAAAACAAAGCAUCAGAUAGCUUUAGCUGCCAGACUCUGACCAACAAUCAAGCCCCUGCUGUUGAUGAGCAGCUGGUAACCUCCAUCUUACAGAGAGUAAACCCACACAGAGCCUCUGGCGCUGACAGGCUCAGGGGCUCAAAGGCUGCGCUGCACAGUUGGGUGCAGUCAUCACCAGACUGUUUCAGCAUCUUCUGGACUCUGGUUGUGUUCCCAGCCAGUGGACAGAGUCCUCAAUAAUUCCCAUCCCAAAAAAGGCACAUGCAAAGGACACUAAAGACUUCAGGCCCAUGGCCCUCACAUCAGUGCUUUGCAAGUGCAUGGAGAGAGUUGUGGCGACUUAAUGUCAAAUAUGCUGCCUGGAAAACUGGAUCCCCUCCAGUUUGCCUAUAGGGCAAAACGAGGUGUAGAGGACACAAGCCUUAUUUAAGAUCUUAUUUAUGGACUUCUCCUCUGCUUUUAACACUGUAAACACCGACACUCUGCUGCACUGGACCUCCAGAUCCACCCAACUUGGAUUUUAUGGAUAAAGGACUUUCUAAUGGAGUGACCACAGCAGGUGUUUUUAAAUGGUAAACUGGUUUUAAACACAGGGCUCCCACAAGGCUGUGUUUUAUCCCCCAUUCUGUUCUCUGCCUACACCAAUAACAUCACCUGUAGCAGGGAGGGAAUGAGUCUGGCCCACAUGGACAGUAUGGAGGCUCUCACCCAGGACUAACUGGCAGUCGACGACCUGGUCACAAAUUUUAGUGAGAAAUCACUAGAAAUAAACAUUUCAAAGACUAAGGAGUUGUGCUGUGUAGUAAGAGACAGAGCAGCAACUGCAUCUCAGCUUUUUAAACCUUUGUUUACUCAGGGAGAGCGGGUGGAACAGGUGGAGUGUCUUAAGUAUCUGGGGACACAGAUGGACACCUGCCUGUCCUUCCAAACACACUCGGACACAAUCUGCAACAAAGCACUCCAGUGCCUGCAUCUUCUCAGGAAGCUGUGUCACUCAUUGAAUCCAUUCUCACCUUCAAUAGCACAUCUUGGUACAACUCUCUCACUAACAAACAGAAAACAAAACUCUCUCGUAUCACAGAUCAUCUGUCCCAUCUGUAUGAGCGCUCCGUUAUCAGGAAGGCCACCCUGAUUAGAGAGGAACCCUCUCAUCCCCUCCAUCAUUCACUCAGUCUCCUCCCAUCAGGCAGGAGUUACAAAGUCCCGCUGGCCAGAAAAACAGUCUAUAAAAAUCCAUUAAUUCCAAAUGCAAUAACAGCCCUCAACAGUAGAGGAAUUUCAGUGUACUGGUAAUGGUUUGCUAAUGCUGCCGGUCCUUUAUCUUUUAUGUAUCGAUGUGUGUUGCUUAUUUUACAUCCUGUGUAUUUUUUGGAUUCUUCAGUCCUUUUCUAAGUCUGUAAUAGCUUGCACGUGUAAAUGUUAUGUUGAUUCCUGUCAAAGAGGAAUUUCAGGUACCAUUUGGUUCAGACAAUAAAGUAUUUAUUCUUAAAAAAAAAGAAGGAACAAAAAAAAAAAAGGAAGACCUGACCAAACAGUUAGAUACAGUCUCUUAGCAAUUAGCUUCUGUCUAUUAGCAGUUAGCUCCUAUUAGCUCCUCACCGUCAGCUCAGACUCGAGUUACCGUGUGUUCAAUGCGGGGUGCAAGUGUGACACAGGAAGUCAAUGCAAAGACUUUAAAAUUGGUGUAAUGUGUGCUUUCUUGGGUUAUAACACUGGGUUAUGUCAUGAAUGAUGAAAUAACCCAUAGAGAUCAAAAAUGUUUUGGUACCAGGCUGUAAACAUGUUUAUUUUAGCUGUAAAGAUGGGCAUUUUAACAUGAGACUCUGUGGAGAUUUGCUCUGUUUUGGAGCUAGCCCCAAGUGGCCAGUCGGUGAAUUGCAGUUUUUGGCACUUAUGCAUGGGCCUCACUUGUCAGCCCUAGGGGUUGCCGCUUGGGUUUGCACGGACUGCAUUAAAACAGAUGUGUUUUUCAGUGGUGGGCAUUUGUCCUCUUGGAAUAAUUUCAUAUAGCCUAUUUUUUGCACUUUUGUAGUCUCAAAUGUAAAAAAGAACAGUACAAGAGAAAUAAUUAUUAUUAAUGCCGUUAUUAUUGUUGGUAAGAUUUUGGACAUGAGUCAAAUAAAAACCUAUCGAAGCCAUACCCAAA